UUUAUAAUGUCAAUGAUUCAACAAGCGAAGCGUAUGGGUGUGAACACUGAGGUCUUCGGUGAUGCCUCUCCCUUUGGUGAUCCCAACUGGUACCAGUCUUACAACUCUCCCUACUACGACGACUCCCACAAACGUCUUAGAGCAUUCAUGCGCACUCUAGUCGAGGAGAAGCUCAUGCCUCACGUCCACGAGUGGGAUGAGAACCUCGAGAUUCCUCGUGAAGUCCACAAGAUGCUCGGCCAGAGCGGUAUCAACGUCCUUGCCAUGGGCCACCCUUAUCCUGUCGAGUACCAGUCCCCACCAGAUGUGCUCAAGGGAGUGCCACUUGACACCUUCCAUGAGUUGGUCCUCAGCGAUGAGCUCGCACGUGCUGGUAGCGGUGGACUGGCCUGGGGUCUGGUCGGCGGUUUGACCAUCGGCCUUCCCCCUGUGUUGAGGUUUGGCCCAAAGGCUAUGAGGGACCGCAUCGUGCCGGAGUGUCUGUCUGGUGAGAAGAUCAUCUGCCUGGCCAUCACCGAGCCGACUGCUGGCUCUGAUGUUGCCAAUAUCCGAUGCAGCGCUAAGAAGUCCUCUUGUGGGAAGUACUACAUCGUCAAUGGUGAGAAGAAGUGGAUCACCAACGGUAUUUGGGCUGACUACUUCACGGUGGCUGUCCGCACUGGAGGCCCCGGUAUGGACGGUAUCAGUCUACUACUCAUCGAGAAGACCAUGCCUGGUGUCACUACUAGAAAGGAUGAAAUGCUCACGUGUUUGGUCCUCUGGCACCACUUUCAUCUCCUUUGA